AUGUUUAAGAAAAUAACAGGAUAUUUUAAACGAAAACAGACUGAAUUGUAUGGGGUCGACGCUGAGAUCGAGAACGAACCGGAGUACCGCUGCUGGUGGACGUGGCAGUACAUCCUGGAGCUGGUCUGUUGGUUCUCCCAGAGCAAGCUGCUGAACGCCGUCUUCAGCUUGCUCGUGCUGGGCAGUUUGAUGGCGACCAUCACCAGGUGCCGAUUCGAGGAAGUAUUGAUAAUGGACCUGGUUUACAACAUAUGGUACGCGCUGGUCGUGGCGAGCGUCGCGAUCUCUGCUGCGCGGGAGUUCCCCAGCGAGCCUGUCACUCACUGCAUGAGAGUGGGUUUCCUGAUGGAUGUGGUAUCGUAUCUCCACUACCUGCCCAUUCCUCACCAGAACCACAUCAAAGUCGUCUGCUACUUCAUACGUGUGCAUCGACCUUUAAGGUUCAUCUGGAUGACGGACAGAUACACAAUGAACAGCAGCCUGCUCGUGACCACGCUCAAGUACAUCUACUACACGUUCCUCCUGCGGAUCUUGUGUGCGUACUUUUGGAUGUACCUCGUCGGCAUCAAGUAUAAGUUUGGUCGUCCCCAUAUAGACGCCCAGCGUCGAAUGAUGCAGCUUGUCAGCUCUGCGCUCACGCAGAUUGACGACCACGAGGAGCAUCCGGUGGAGUUCGAAAUGAUCUAUUCCAUGUACAUCGUUAACAAGAUUUUCAUACCUAUUGGACCUCCAGACUUGAUCCUAAACGAUGGCGACCGUAUAGUGUACCUGGUGGUGAUGGUGAUAGGCAGCCUGAUGGUGACGGGGGCGGCAGUGGCCGCCAUGUCGUCCGUCAUCAGCGUGCGCAUGCGCCCGGGGGAGAGCUUCCGCACGCGGUACAGGAUCAUCAUGAGGGAUCUGACGACCUCCGGCAUCCCCGAAAGCCUCCGCAACAAAGUGGAGACAUUCUACAAGAUGUACUGGCACAAGCAGCGAGCGGUCUCUGACUCUCAACUACUGCCAAGCUUCCCACCUGUCCUGCCAAGCAGCGUGUACACCGAUGUCUACUUCGAGGCUACACAGAAGAGCGGCCUUCUCCGCGACCUGUCGUACGAGUUCCUCUCGGAACUGGCCAGACACAUGGAGACCAUCUUCUACAUUCCCGGGGACUGCAUCAUCAAGCGGAGCUCCCUGAAGGACUCCAUCAUCUACAUCACCUAUGGAGACAUUGAGGUUGGUGGUAAUAGCGACACAUACGAAGAAGCGGGCAGGGAUCGGAUACCGAUGCUCACAGCUGAAGACGACGUGUCUCCUAUGCUGCGUUUCACACGCGGCACGAUCCUCACGCCGUGGGGGGGCUGCGCAGCGGGCGGGGGACGGGCACACGUCCAGGUGCGCGCGGGUACAUUCUGCGCGGCGCGUGUGCUGCGCGCGCGCGGGCUGUGGCGCGCUGCGCUGCGGCUGCGGGGCAGCGGGCAGGGGAGACUCAUGCUCAACGAAUUACGAGACCACAUGAACAAAGUGAAGAGACAUUAUUAUUUCAUAAGAAGACCUGCACCUACACAAUACAAAAGCAGUAUCCUGGAGUUCAAGAAGAGCCUGAUGGCGCUGAAGGAGGCGCGGGACGAGGACGGGGAGCUGCUGCUGGCGCGCCCCGACUAUCUGCUGGAGAUCGCUGGCUGCUAUCUCAUGAGAAACCGGGCAGACGCGACAUUGACGGACGACUCGGAUCCGAUCUGUCUCCGACAGACCUUCCCCUGCAUCCUGCAGCCCACGUCCUCGCUGCUCACCGCUUGGAACUGGUUUAUGGCUGGUCUCAUCUUGACCGUUUGCUUCAUAUACCCGUACCACAUCAUCUUCAAGAAGAGCCUUUCCUUGGAGUUCUGUUUCUUCGACAUGAUGGUGACGGCGAUCUACGUGCUGGACAUUAUCGCUUAUCUCUCGACGGGGACCAACGUUGAGGAAGGCGUCCCUAUAACGUUCAUGGAGACGGCCUCGAAGCAAGUGCGGUCCCCGUGGUUCAUAGUAGACGUGUUGGCUACGGCGCCCAUCUUUUCUUUCAUAGGGGAAGGACAGUUACGUGGCAUUAACAGGAUCCUCAGGUUUCCAAAGGUCAUCCGCAUGAUCCAGACCCUGGAGGAGGAGUGCGUGGACCACACCAACGUCAUCCGCUUCUUGGUGUGCGCGCUGCUGCUAUUCUUCGCAUGCUAUUGCCUUGCUGCAGUACAGCAAUGCGUCCUCUGCUACGGAUACGGCUUAUGCCAAGUCAACAAUUUCACCCACGAGCCGUUCUGGACGCAAGCUCCUCUAGACGACGAGGACAAGAACGUCUUAAACCGCCUGUUCUUUAGCCUCUAUUGGGCCAUGUCAAUACUUACCUUCACAUGUCAUAUAGAGGUGUUGAAAGAAGGCUCUGCGUUGAACAUGUACACUACGAUUCUGCUCGAGAUAUGCAUCGUGCUGAGUAUCACUAUCGAGGCCGUGUACUCCGCUACCAUCAUGGUCACGGCUUUCAGAGAGAGCUUCGACUCGUGCAUCGCAGACGCGCGCAACUUCCUCAUCCGCCACCAGGUGCCGCUGCAGCUGCGGCAGCGUUUCCUCGAGCAUUUGCAGCUCUGCUGGGACACCAGGAAGGCGUACUCGAUGACAUCGAAGCAGAGCUCUGUGUUCUACGACCUGCCUCCCCACGUGCACCAAGACAUCCUGGCCCGCCAGCGGAGCAAGUUCAUCCUCUGCAUACCCUUCAUGAAGCUACUAAAUAACGAAGAGUUAAAGAAUGUGUCGUCCAACGCGCGCAUAUUCUACUGCGCGCCGAACGAGAUCCUGCUGAACACUGGAGACAUCAGCACUGAGAUGUUCAUCAUCAAGAAAGGCUUCUGCGAGGUUUUAAACCCCGAUACAAAAGAAGUGGUUGGCACGUUGAUCGCCAAAAGUCAUUUCGGAGUUCUCGAAUGUUUAUUUCGUUUCCCAGCUUUCUAUACCGUACGGACGACAACCCACGUGCUAGUAUUCACCAUCUCCAGGAAGUAUCUGCUGCAGGCGCUAGAGGUGCCACAGAUAAAAGACGCCAUCAACUUUGCUAAAGAACAACAAGAAUACAACCGGCUGCAAAUUCCUCGCGAGCCGUUCGUCGCCUACCAGCCACCGCUCCCCGUGCCCAACAGGCAGCGCUUCGUGUUGUGCAGGAAACACGAGAAGGACUCUGCCUUUCUCCAGCCGUUCAAAAAGUUUGGAUUCUUUUCCAUUUUAAGAAACGUAUUCCCUCGUUUCACGUUCCGGCCGGACAGCACUCUGCUCACUCGCUACGAGGUUGGACGCUCGUUCUGCGCAGUCGCCGGCACGUUCAUCUUCCCGUGCUACACCUACAUGGUGCUGCAGUUUCCAGCGUUGUACUACGUGGCACUUAUACUCGACCUAUCGGCCUAUGGCGACGUAAUAUUCCGCCUGUUCGUCGGCUUUUUUGACGAGAAGGGCAUCCUGGUGUACCACCCGGCGAACACGGCCGCUCAUUAUCUUCGGGGCGCAUUCAUGUUGGACCUGCUCGGCUGCCUACCUCUGGAAGACCUGGAAGUGUCCAUGAAGUAUUCUUACGGUGACCUGUACCAAGUGACUGCUAUGAAGCAAGCUCUGAUGCUGAACAGACUGCUCCAGCUGUACCGCCUGCCCGGGACCUUGGACAUGCUGACCAGCUUCGUGGCGCGUCGUGACAUUAUAAUAGUAUUCAAAACUAUCCCCAUCUUCCUAACGAUCCUGAAUGUUCUGACGGUUUGCCUGAUCUUCUCAUCGGUGAGGAUAUACCAUUCGGAGGACCAGACCCGGUGGGCCUUCGUGCCGUUUAACGACCCCGGGGGCUCCUGGAUACACCUGUAUAGUAACGCUUACCGGUUCAACGUGACGGAGACCCCUUACAACCUGCACGUGAGCUGCUUCUUCUGGAUCGUGUACGAGGCGACAACGACAGGAUACAACACCAUCUCCCCCUCUAACCUCAACAUAAUGAGCGUGCUGUUCUGGAGCAUGGUGCUCGGUUCUCUCACAACGAUAUACAUGUCGGUGCGCAUCAUCAGUCUGCGGGCGAACGUGGACAGCACGCUGGCCACCUACCAGGAGCACAUGAGGGACUUGCUGCAGUUCAUGCGGCGGGAGAGGCUAGAUAAGCAAUUGCAGAAAGAAAUCAUGGACCACUACGAAUUCAACUGGAUAAAAACUGAUGGUAUAGACGCGCGCAAUGUUCUCAAGCUUUGCGAUCAGAUCACUCUACGGAGCGAUGCUAUAAUGCACCUGUACGGACCUGCAUUCGCUAAGUGCCCGAUCCUCUCCGACUGCGACGUAUCUCUCCUCCGGGUCCUGGGCCGCGCGGUCCGCAGCAUCCACUUCCUCCAGGGCACCACCAUCUUCCAGGAGAACGACGUGACCCACCACCUGUACUUCGUGUACAGCGGCCAGCUCCAGCUGAGGACCACUCACUUGGCAGAUGGAGUUUGCAAGGUCACUAAACUUGAUGUUGGAAGGUGUGUUAAAGUCGGUCUACGGAUGUUUACCUACUUGCAUGCCGGCAGCAUGGCAGGCAACCUGUCGGACGCGGUGUCAUGGCGCGUGCGCUCACGCCUGGUGGCAGCCACAGACGUGCAGCUCCUCCGGAUGCGCUCCAAGGCGUUCUAUGACAUCGUCCGGGACUGCUUCCCGGUAGUGCUGCAGCUUAUGGCCACGCAUCGACAAGAUAAUGAGUUAUGUAUAAAAGCUAACGCUACUAGUGAAUUUCUGCGGACGUCAAAGCCCCUGGACACGAAAAUCAUCAAGCAUCUCGCGAGCGGCCUAGUCCAGGUAUUCCUCAUAAUAACCUCCAUGGUCUGCGUGUACACGGACCUGUACAACGCCGGGUUCCAGAACAACUCUGUGCCGGUUUUGGCGUCGUUGUACACGCUAGACGUAUUCCUCAUAAUAACGUCCAUGGUCUGCGUGUACACGGACCUGUACAACGCCGGGUUCCAGAACAACUCUGUGCCGGUUUUGGCGUCGUUGUACACGCUAGACGUAUGCUUUCUGCUCAAGAUUGUGCUGCACUUUACGGUGCCGCGACUAGUGAAGCUGCCGACUGAGGAAUAUGAGAAUGCCAAGAUGAUGUACUUCAAGAGCACGGAAUUCAAAAUGGACGUGGCUUCAUUUGUGCCCAUCGAGUUGUUCUGCUUGUUGAAGAGAGAUCCUUGGCUCUUACUGUCUUGUCUGCGUCUCAACAGGGUGCUGAGACUUUCAACAGUCUACAAAUACCUGAAACGCUAUCAGAAGCGAGCCACAGAGAACCUGUUGUUCAGCGCCUUGACUCUCGUCAUGUGGUUUACAAUUUUAAUCCACUGUUUGACGUGUCUAUGGUUCUUCAUCGGGCUUAGCGUAGACCGCGCUGAACCGGGGCAGUCUUGGAAAUAUAACGAUUCCGGGGACCCGCUUUGCGACAGCAAAUACAUCUGCAGCUUGCACUUUGUGCUGACAAGCUUCGAUCACAGCGGUGUUGCUGACAUUAUGCCAAAGAAGGAGAUAGAGGUGGUGUACGUGUCAGUUCUCCUGAUCAUCUCGCAGCUGAUGUACGUGGUAUACGUGGGGGAGUUCUCCAACAUCGUGCAUUACGCGUCCUUCCGCGCCUUCAGCUACUACGCCAAGUUUCUGGAGCUUCAGGACUUCCUAAAGAACAAUCGCGUAUCACCAGCACUGAUCCGUCUGGUGAACAAGUACGCAGUGCUGCUGUGGCGAGAGGCGAGAGGGGAGCAGUUGCCUAAGUUUCUGGCCGGCGCGCCUCUUUGCCUCAAGUUAAAAGUCAUGUGUCAAGCCUAUAAGGAUGUUGGGGAUCAGCACCCCGUGUUCAAGAGCUGCGAGCCCGCUCUGCUCCGUCACAUGGUCGGCUAUCUCCGACCAUACUACUACGACGGAAACAUGUACGUGGUGAAGCAGGGCGAGAUCACCAACUCGAUGUACCUCGUACACACCGGCGAGGUCCAGGAGAUCAGCGAGAACUACGACGAUUACGAGGACGAAGGCGUGAAACGAAGGAUCUUUACCACGGGACAGUACUUUGGGAUUGAACAAGGAUUAAUUCGUGACAAGCCAUAUGACUAUUCUUACCGAACUACGAGCAAGUCUCAAGUUCUGACGUUACUCUUAGAUGACUGGGAGUAUCUUUUACAGCACUUCCCAGACAGCAAGAAGCUGAUAAAUGACUAUCAGAGUAGUCAUCGUAGCAAGGACGAUGGACCCCCACCUCCGUCUCCGGAGGCCAGUGGUACCCUAGGCACUCCGGGCGGCUCAGAGGAACAAUGGAGUCCAUGGGAUGGACCUUCAGGGGGUCCAAAUGUACCUCCAAGGGGCCCAGAUGUAACUCCAGGUACACCUCCGGAUAUGAAACCGGGCGAACCAGAAAAUCCAAUCAGCAAGACAGCCUCUCUGAUUGAAAUAAAACGCACCAUUUACGAGUAUCCUGAGUCUCAAGAGACCGAGCGUGAACCCGCUGUGACUGAUGGUCUAGAAGGAACAUCAAAAGCCAAGUCUAAAACGGUGAAACAAAAAGGCGAAACUAAAGCUUCUUUAUUAUCGACUGAACGCCUGGGCGAGAAACAGAAAAGUGCCCUUAAGAUUUCUGAAAAAUCUAUAAGAACUGAAACGUCUGUUAAGUUUCGCGAGGAACUGCCUCCCGCUAGCAGUUCAACACAACUUUUUGAACGAAUUCGAAACGCAGCAAAAGCCGUAGACAACAAGCUGGCGAGUCGAAGUAUUCGUGGCAAUGACGACACGCCAUCGCCAGAACUAAUCAAAGAGUCAGAAGCCGUUGCACAUCACAGCAUCGAGGAAUACUUAGCUUACAAGUACAAGAUGCGUGAAUCGUAUCAAUACCGUCCCAAAACGGAAGACGAAGACCAAAUUGACUCUGACGCCAGAAUGAGCCCCAGUCGUCAGAUGCGGGUGAAACACCCCAACCAAACACAAAGCUCUAUUCACGAUGGUUCUGACAGGGACCACUUCGUGCAUUCACAGCUAGCAGAGUCUAUAUAUCGUGUCCAUUCGCGAGAAAGUCGGAGUGCACCAGUUUUGAAUCUUGAGAGACCUUUGGGUGACCAUUAUCCGUCUAACGUUUCGCUAAUUGAACUUCCUUCAGCGACUGCCUCUGAUGUAGACAUACAGCCAAGAAAAAGUCCGUCUACUGUAGCACGAGAGGACUCACAAGCACCAAUGACUUCCAAACAAGCCAUGGAGGAAUCUGACGAACCUGAACCCAAGAACGCGGAUACUGAUCAGUCUUAUGAUCGAGGAAGUAGAGAACCCAAGAAAAAACCGAAAGAUGCUCAUGUAACUAGAACGCCUUCGGCCACAGAACUUCUUGCGUUACCCGCUCCUUAUGACAACUUAAUGCAACAGCCAUCAUCAAUUCCUGAAGAAUUCUUUAACAUAGCAAAACCAGACACAUCUCAUGAUAAUGAUGCGGCUGGAGCGGCCUCUGCGGAUGGUUCUGUCACUGUACCGAAACUGCUUGCGUUGCCACCCGCGCCUUCAUCUGAAUUGCCUACGACUGUGAAAGAUGCACUGCCUGAAAUUGCCCAGCCUGCAGAAAUUGCUACUGAACGUGAACCAUCUGUCACAUCAAUGCGCCUUUUACAAGAAGAAACUCUAACGCCUGUAGUGGGGCCCCCAAAAGAUCAAGAAACUGACCUUGCUGCUUUGACAGAGGCUGAAAUGCUACUAGAAUCUGCAGCACCAACCACCAAAAACAGGCUAUCCGACGAGGCUUUAAAUAUACCUAAAGAGAAACAAGCAGAUGGCAGUGUUGAGUCUGAAUCAGAGAGACAAAAGAGUGAUGAUGCUCACAAGUCAGAAGAUCAGAACAAGCCGGGUGAGGAAAAAACUGAUCAGGAUAAUGCUACAGAUAAUAAUUAUAAGGAACGCAAGGAUAAAAAAGAUUAA